AACUUCUGCGCAACACUCUUUCUAAACAACCUCCAACACGGGCGCAGAUAUCCAGAUCGGACGAUGUCUGACCUCACGAAAGUUACUCCUCCACAGCAACUGGCCGAGGAGGAGCGCAGGGUCGUAUUUCAACAUUUUCACCGCCGCCUAGCGGGCUACAGGAACACUGUUGAGUCAUACGCAUUGGCGGAGCAGGGUAUCUCGCCUCUCUCGUCGUCGAAGCACGACCGCCAGAAGGAAGCAUUCGUCAAGGAGAUAUUCUUAUGGUCUCAGAAACUAUUAGAGCAUGCGUGGAUAGCUUGUUUGGAACCGGAGGGUGGCAGAUGCCCUAUGCUAGAUCCGCUUUCGGACAGCUCAACAGGAGAUCUCCCUCGUCUACCGGCAGAAGAUCAUGUUUCCCAGCUGAUGAAUACAAUCCUAUUUCUUGACGUGACGCAGUCGAAGGUAUACUCCGCACGCAGCCGUACAUUCAUAUGGUCAUUCGCACCCGUGGACGAGCAUGCUGUGGUGUCCACUCUCAAGAACCCCGACGAAGCGGUUAAAGAGGCGCAGCGCAAGACGGCGAAGGCCAAAGACGAACAAGCUGCCAAAGGAAAGACUUUGCGGUUCGCUGCGAUGGGCUUAGGAGCCGUUGCUGGAGGUGCAUUGAUCGGAGUAACUGGAGGUCUCGCUGCUCCCGUAGUAGGCGGUGCAGUUACUACCAUACUAGGAUGGGUUGGUGUAGGUGGAACCGCUGCCGGCGUACUUGCCAGUGGACUAGCCAGUUCAUCAGUUGUUUGCGGCACCCUCUUUGGCGUUUAUGGAGCGCGUUCCUCGGCAAAGAUUGUCGAGAGGCAUACCAGGGAGGUUCAUGAUCUCGCCCUGUUGCCAGUGAAUACGCCAAAGGAGACCAUGGCGGUCCGCAUUUGCGUCAGUGGCUGGCUGAGCGACAAGGGGGACGUGACAGCACCUUGGUCAAUCUUCAAGGGAGACGAUACCUAUGCUUUACAAUGGGAAGUAGAGGCUCUGGAAGCGCUUGCCAAAGCGUUAGAGACCUUGCUUAAGCAGCAGGCUAUAAAGUACAUCAAGGCACAAAUCAUCAAACGGACCGUCUUUGCCGCCCUCUUCAGCAUUCUUUCGCCCACUGCAUGGCUUCAGAUUGGCCAGAUCAUUGAUAAUCCAUGGAUGAAUGCGAAGUCCCUCGCUGUGAAGGCUGGCAAGGUCUUAGGCGUCUUGCUUGCUGAACAUGUCCUCGGCACCCGGCCGGUAACACUUGUUGGCUACUCCCUAGGCUCGCUGGUCAUAUUCGAGGCACUGAAGCACCUUGCUACGCUUCCGCCAUCGGAGACCGCGCACAUCGUGCAGGACGUAUACCUCUACGGUACUCCGGUUCCGACAGACGAGGCAGUUUGGUCUUCUGUCCGGCGUGUCGUUGCCGGGCGGCUAGUCAACGGGUAUUGCGAGGAGGAUUACAUCUUGAUGAUCCUCUCGCGGGCGAGCGACGCUGUUUGGGGGGUCGCCGGACUUCAGCCCGUGGCCGUGAAAGGAGUCGAGAACCUUAAAUGCGGCGGCGUCGAUGGUCAUCUCAAGUGGCGCGGAAUGGUGGGACAUUGCUUGAAAGAGUGCAACGCGCCAGGUAUUAGGAGCGAGGAGGUACGAGCCCAGAUGAAUAACGUUCUGUCGCGGAUUCAAGAACUCGAGCCGGUAGUUGACGAAGGUGAGGCGGACGAGGUUAUCAUUAGUGGACCGGAUAGAAAGCUUGGUCUUUAG